AAAUGCAAUCAGAUGAGCCAUCAACGUCAUCUGCCAGUUCUUCUCGACGACGCAUCGCCUUUGGGCGGCCUCCCGUAUUGAGGGAAAGACCGCUUCAAUCACCUGCACCGAUUACAUCGACUUCAUUGACGUCCGGGCUAGACAAAGAACCUCAAACAUCAACUGACAACACUACAACAAAUGGAGAAAUAUUGAACCCGUCAAGUUCGGAACCCACGUGCACUUCUGUACUUUCUGACCAAAAAUCGCUAGAUCUUCCAAAAAGAAGAGCUUGGUCUUUUGAUGAAGUUUGCGCUUUUCAUGAUGGAAUCAAGCUUCACGGGAAAGAUUUUGACAGUGUUGUAAAGUUCAUGGCGAAGCGAAAAAUGGAAAAGACCAAAGAUCACGUGAAGACGUUCUUCUUCAAUUCGGCAAAAGCAUAUAAAUCAUUAUUGGCAAUGACAGAUGAUGAUUUUGCAAAUAUUCCACGAGAUGCUCGAGAACUGUUUCUUCUCAUCAACGCGUGCGAAUAUAAGCGUAAAACUGUUAAUAUGAAGGUUAUUGUAGAGAAGUUGAAGGAGUUAGUGUUCGAAGGAACUGUUGUCGUCAGAGCUGGUAGGAAAUUGGUAACGAUUAAAACACCACCUUGCCCAGCACUUUGCAGAUACUUCAGCGUCAAAAAAGGUGAUAAAGUUCCAAAUGAUCUCUACAUUCACCUCGAGCCAACAAGCAAUGGAGACCAUGUUUUCAUGAGACAACGUAAUCAGAAUCCAUUUCUUCGUGUUAAACUCAAUGCAAACGAUCGAAUCACAAAACUUCUCGAGUUUUUGCACAAAAAAUGGUCAUUGGCAGGAGAUUCUACCCCUAUUUCAGUCACUUUAUGGCCGGAUAGUUCUUGUGAAAUAGCGAGUUUAUGCGUUCAAUCGGCCGAAAAUUCACCGUUCAUCUCGUUGUCUAUGAACAAAUUGAUUAAGAAUGUAGAAGAGAGUAAGGAGAAGCUGGAAGCUAAGAAAAUAGAAGUAACUGGAAUAAAAGUGGCGACGGAUGUUAAUAUCAAAACAAAACCAUCUCAUACUGUAACUUAUCCAAGACCUUUCACGUUAACCGAUGAAAUUAUUGCGGAAGGAAUAAAUUCUAAAAAUGUUCGAAAUGCAAUUGUGGCGGAACUUUUUUGUGUUUGUGGCCGUAAAAAUCCAAUCCAAUUAAGAUAUCAAGUUCAUAACGAGAACCAACCUAUUCAAGCAUCUGAACCCUGGAAAGUAAUGAUUAAUCUAUUAAAUAGAGGAUACGGAGAUUGUUUGGCGCCGAGUAAGACCAGAAAAAGAGACAAACCAACGGCAGAUUCAGAACCAAGUUCGUCAGCUUCGAAAAAGAAAAAAUGUGAUGAUACUACUUCGGAUGUUCCUGGCAAUCCAGUGAGCGACAUCGUUCGACAAGAAACUGAAGACUUUGCAUGUCAACUCGCAUUUCUUAAAAAGACAACUCGAAAGAAGACUGCUCCAGCAAAACGAAAACCAACGAAUCCAGUACUUGCAACAGUUACUCCUCAACUACUGAUUCGUCCGCCACCCGGAGAGUCAAGUUCCGCUCCUGCGAUUCAGGAUCUUAUGGUGAAACAAGUGUUCGCAGCACCAAAAACUACAAUAAUUCCGAGAAGAACCUCUACAUAUUCGGAAAAGAAAUCUCUACUUCUAUCAAAUGCUCAUAAAAUAUCAGAACUCACUGCAACUUCUGACUCACCAAGUACAAGUACUCAAGGACCAACUGAUUUCUCAUCUGUCGUGUUCUCUCCAACAAAACGAAGUGCAGAUCCUGAAUUGCAAAGAAAAAGAAAUGAUGCAUUUUUAUCAUCUCUACGUACACCAGAUCCAACUCCGAAGAAAGACAGCAUUAUGCAACAAUAUUUCGGUGGAGAUCUAUCAAUGUCACCUGGAUCGACACGACAUGCAUCUCAUUUGGAAACUCCUGGAGGAAAUAACACAACAAUUGACUUCACCGACAUGAUGUACCAGAAUAUUACGAAUCACGGAGAUCUGACUACAAUUUCUAAUCCGGCUCUGCAUUUCUCAGUUAAUGAAGUUCACGAAAAAUAUCACGAUAUGAUUUCUUCAUCGCAAGAUAGUCAGGAUUACAUUCUAUCGCACUUUCAGAAGAAGAAGACCACGCCCAAGAAGAAAAAAUAGUUUUUUUUGCUUUCUGAUAUUGAAUCUCACGAAUUGUAUUUUCUUAAAUAUUCCAUAUUAUUCAUUUUCUGUACUACACUCAAUUUUCCAUUGAAUUUCAGGUUUUUACUUUUUGCAUUCCUUAAUAUUUCGAUUCUUGCUUCAUAAAAUUUUUUUAUACUG